AAAAACAGGCUCUACGUCGGCAACCUGCAUCACACGGUCGACGAGCAUGCGCUGAUCCAGAUCUUCUCGAAAUACGGCAAGCUCUCCAACCUCGACUACCUCUUCCACAAGAGCGGCCCGCUCAAGGGCAAACCCCGCGGCUACGCCUUCGUAGAAUACGCUGAACCACUCGAUGCAGACAAGGCCCUCGCCUCGGCGCAUAACAAGCUCCUCCGCGGACGCAAGCUUGUCGUGACGUACGCCAACCAAGCACCAGUAUACCCGUCCGGGCCAUCCUCUGCCUCGGGCUACAGACGAAAUUUGAACGAGGCUGGACGACCGACGGCGCUCAGUCUCUUGAAGAGCGCAGGUGGGCGAGAAGGAACCAAGGAUAAAAUCGCUAUUAUGGAAGCCAAGCUCCGCCAGCUCGAACAG